UCCGCCUUGUGAUUGCACCAGUGCUCACACGCUAGCGCGCGCGAGGAGGGUGAGCGGCACGUGCAUGCGCCCGUUCCACCUGGCCCAAUCACGUACGAGGAAGCUGAGAGCAGCGCUACAGUCUGCCGCCGCUGCCGUGGAGCCUCGCAUUGACCCGCAGCUCGGCCAGCAGCUCACCUGACAGGGCUGACAGCCCGAGAAGACCACGCAAGAUUUUCUCCUCUGAAAAGUAUCUUUCGCUAACACCAACGGCGUCGGAGCCCUGUCGUCCGUCCGCUCCAUGGCCAUCAUUCCCCCCCCUGCCCACUACCUCUGGGAGGUGUCUUUCAAAGGCCCCACUUAGGGCGAUGGAUGACCAGCUGAGUGACGGAGAUGAAUCAAUGGAUGCAGCCUGUUCGUAGUGACUAGAUUAGGAGACACCAACCAGCGCUGCAGCGAGCUGAUGUUCUCUGGAAAUUCAGGAAAUACAGAUCACAUAUUUGUUUAGUUUGUGUCAGCACAGAGACUGUAUGCUGACUGCUCAACCUUGCGAUGCUUGUUAUGAGUUGUACAUCCACAACAAAUGAGCCAGAGAGCUGUAGCAGCGAGGGGAGCAGCUGCACCACUUCCUCCAUCACUACCUCAGACCCUUCUUCUAUGUCUGGGCACGGUCAACCCACCUUGCUUUCUGACACCACCCAGAAUGAAGUGCCGCCCCCUCCUCCCCUCCCGCCCCCACCUCCUGGGGCACCGCCGCCCCCUCCGCCCCUGGCAAACACAUCAUCCAACCACAAUGGGAGGAAAAAGCGCCGGGUCCGCAGCUUCUACUGGAAGCCUAUCCCAGAGGAGAAGGUGCGCGGGAAGCCGAACAUCUGGACGCUGGCGGUGCGGCAGCAGCAGUACCAGAUCGAUGUUCGCUCGGUGGAGGAGCUGUUUGGGCAGCAGGAGGAUGCGGGGACGGGCCUCCGUGGGUCAGCAGCAUCAACUGCAACAUCAACUCACGUAUCCCGAUCACGCUCCUUUAAGGACACCAAGAAAGACGAGGUCAACAUCCUUGACUCAAAGAGGGGGAUGAACGUGGGCAUUUUCCUCAAGCAGUUUAAGAAGUCCAACCGCUCCAUUGUCGAAGACAUACGAAAAGGAGAAGGAAAGAUUUAUGGAGCGGAGCUGCUCAAAGACCUGCUGAAGCUCCUGCCCGACGCAGAGGAGAUUAAGAAGCUGCAGGCAUUCAAAGGAGAUCCAGACAAGCUGACACUGGUCGAUUCCUUUAUGUACCUCUUGAUCCAGGUGCCACGGUUCGAGGUUCGGAUUGAGGCCAUGGUCCUCCAGGAAGAGUUCCUCCCUUGUUGUGCUGCGAUGGGCCAUGAGAUUGAUGUCGUCCGUGUUGUGACUAAACAGCUGAUGAGCUGUGAGGAGCUUCAUGCUAUCCUGCAUCUGGUGCUGCAGGCAGGAAACAUUAUGAACGCGGGUGGCUAUGCAGGGAACGCUGUGGGAUUCAAGCUGUCAUCCCUCCUUUCACUGGCUGACACCAAAGCCAACAAGCCGGGGAUGAACCUGCUGCAUUUUGUGGCCAUGGAGGCGAAGAAAAAGGACGAGAAGUUGCUCACGUUUCCUGAGAAGCUUCAAGAUGUCCAGAGUGCAGCCAGAAUUUCAGUGGAAAACAUUGAGGAGGAGUUUUCCUCCUUGUAUGUCCGAAUCAAAUCCCUGGAAGAGAAAGUUCAAGGAGACCAGGAGCUGCUGCAGCAGCUGGAGCCCUUCCUGCAGAGUGCAGCACUGACACUUCAGGACUUAAAGAGGCGCAGGCUGGAUCUGCGUAAAGAGGGAAGUACUCUCAUCGAUUUCUUUUGUGAAGACAAGGACACGUUCAAGCUGGACGAGGGCUUCCGGAUCUUUCAGGACUUCUGCAUCAAAUUCAAGAAAGCUGUUAAGGACAACACGGACCGGGAGUUGAAGGAAGCAGCCAGACAGCGUCGUCUCAAAGAACUGGAGGAAAAGCGUUUUGCGUGGUCGAGCGGGGAUCAGACCGGCGGAUUUGGUCGCAGCAGCAGCGAGAACGACGUGGAAAUGCUCACCAAGGAGGGCCUCCUGGAGUUUUUCCAGAGGUCUCAGAGUCCACACUGCCCGCUGGAACGUUCUGCCAGCGCACGCCGACACCGACACACCAUGACCUCCAUAGCAGAUCGUGAACUCCAGGGAUACUUGGAGCUGUUCGGAAGCACAGGGAACACCUCUGACUUUUCAAAAUUUAACAGCCUACCUCGGUUAGGCCGUCCUAUCCAGCGGAGGAUGGCCCCCUGGAUGUUAGGCCAGGACAAUAACCGGGAACUGGGCCGUGAAAGAAAAGCAACGUCUCCGCAUUCAGAAACUGAGCCGAUCGUCUCACACGCCAAGUUUUCUUCCUCUGAGCUAAACGAUAACGGGGACAACAACAACAACAACAAUUACUCAUCUGUGUCAGAGAGCAGCGCUCUGCCUCGGCCCUUUUGUGUCUUUCAGAAGCCUGCCCAUAUUCCCAACCCAGCAAUUACUGGCCACAUGAGUGUUAGUGUGGAGAAGCAUACUUUAGUCCGAGGUCCUCAGGCUUUUGACCUAAUCAGUCCAAACAAUAACAGCAAUCACAUGCACUUUGUCAACCGGGGGGACGUUGUGGUGACGGAUCUGGAAAUAGGGAGACAGUCACCACCCAAGAAUCUGGACAACCUUUCACAUGAUACAUUCUUGGAAAGGGGGGGAAAUCUAAAGGUAGUAUGGGAAGAUACAAUAGUUCCUCCAACUCAGGCUGGGGUCUCUCCUCAGAGAGAGAAAGACGAAGAGGACUACAGCACAGUUUCAUCCACAACCUGUGAUACCCCUCUUCCACUAGAUACCUCUGUAUCCAACAAGAAGCCAAUGUUUUAUAUAAUGGACUGCACAGAAACGGACAUCUCUGUCACCUUGGAUUGCUCUGAGGUGGAAUCCUCUUCUACAAAAGAAGGACUUCAUUUCCAAACAGCUGACUGCAUCAAAGAUCAGGAGAGUCGGCAAGACCCGCAAUCCACAUCUCCCAACGACCAGUCUGCUUCAACUAAUGAGCUCUCAGCCCCCAAAUCUGUGGAUGCAGCAUCUAUGGCUCCAUCUACUACCACAGAAGAGUGGGACACGGAGAGCUGCGACACCGCUGAAGGAAAACAGACUGCGGGGAAAGAUGCACAACGAAGCAGCCGAAAGCCAGCGCCUACAAAGAGCAAAGGCAGCAAAGCAACCAAAACCAGUGCAGGCCAUGGUGUGCGAACGCUGGCCAACAACGAUAACCAGGGUAUGCGGAAAGUCAUCCCUAUUACCAAGCUGACCAGGACAGGUAGCAGCAGGCGAGCAGAGAAACCUGCAGUUCACGAUAGCGGGGAGACACGGCGGCCUCCCCGUGACCAGAGCACUCCGGCAAGAGGAAGGAGCGAGAAGACAACGAGACCUCCUCGGCACUCCAGUUUGCCUCCUGAUGAGUCAAAAGCCCAGAAGGGAGGUGCUCUCACGGGCAGCGUUUCUAGAUGGGCACGUGAUUCAAUGCCUAGGAAAGCUUCAAUCCACAAGCCAAGCGCCAAACCCGUGAGGAACAUUCCCAAGCCGGCGCCUGAGGAGAAGAUGUGCCGCUCUACUAUGAGAGCCCUCGCUCAAGCUCAGGCUCAAGCUCAAGCUCAGACAUCUCCUGAGAACAGCAGUUCACACACACACAGUGCAAAAAACACUUCUGGAGUCCCCAGCUUCGCCCGCAAUACUGUGGCCUCGUCUUCCAGGACCAGGAAAGAGCUGGGCCCUCCGUCGGUCCCUUCCACCCCGUCUCGCAGCCCCUCCCUCCUGGGUCGACAAAAGCCGACCCGGGCAUCACACGCAGGUCACACCAGUGACGAGCGGCCACAGGCAACAAGCCUGCGGCGGGUGCAAAGCGUGAAGGCAACAAGCUGCAGCACCUACCGUAGCGAGACCCCGCCUCCCCCUGUAGCACGUGAGAACGUUCGUAAAUCUAGCAGCUUCUCUGAAAAGUCUGUGCAGCCCAGAGACUUGAUGACAUCCAGCAGAAGCAGGAAGCCGAGCUGGAAGUAAAAAACAAAACAAAACAAAAAAAACCUGACU